AUGAAGAUGAGGGUCCCCGACGCACUCCAUUGUGUGCUCGCACUGCUCUUCCUAUGGAUGGCAAUGGUGCAAGCAUCCGGCCCGCAGAGAAGCCGAGCAGCGAACGCCACGGCUCCAUCUGCCGCCACGCUCGCCGCUUGUCCAAAGGGCUGUGGCGACCUGAGAUUCGAAUACCCCUUCGGCGUUGGGGGCGGCUGCUUCCGGCAACCAGACUUCGAGCUCAUCUGCGACCAUCACGACAAGACGAUGCCACCCCGACUUUUCCUCCACGACGGCACCACGGAGGUCAUCGACGACAUCAUCACCCCAGGUUUUGGUUCUUACAACCACUACCAGGAUGUUGAUAUACAAUUUUCACAUGUCAUCACCUUGAAACCUGGUUUGAAUGAGUACACCGUGCCCUGGAAAGCACCUGGGAGAUCCUUUAGCCUUGAUACUGCAUAUUUUAAUAUCACUGGUUGCGACUUUGAUAUUUACCAGCUCGACCGUGACCUGAACACGGGCCAGAGGCUUUGCACAGUUCGUUGUCCGAAUGAGCAAAUCACGGAUCUAAUGGCUCGGGAGAGCUGCAAUGGUACAGGAUGUUGCUCUAUUAUGAUGGAAGGUAGCGACUUCGAGCUCAAGUUUAUCCGCCACGGGGUAGAGAAGGACCAGCCGCCACGCCAUAAGAGGAGCACCCUUUGGAAUAGAAUCAAUGUAACUUCUUGGCAUUUUGGUCUCACUUGGACAAUCGCGGAUGAAUCAUCAUGCUCCGCCGCAUUGGACAACAUGACGAACUAUGCCUGCGUCAGCUGCCACAGCGUGUGCAUGCCUAACAACCUCAGGUCAAUAAUAGGUUACAUGUGUGCCUGUGAUGAAGGUUAUGCAGGCAAUGCUUACAUAACUGAUGGAUGUCAUCGUGACAAAGGCUAUAAUCCAGUUCAACAGAAAUCUAAUUGCACUCGAAACUGCGGGAACAUCAGCGUUCCUUUUCCGUUUGGUCUAGAAGAAGGUUGUUUUGCUAGGGAGUCAUUUCAUCUCAAGUGCACAGACAUGACAUCAUCAACCCUGCAAUUUGGGUAUGAAGGGGGAGACCGACAAUACAUAACUUACAUCAGUAUUAGCGAGGGUCAUGUGGGCUUUGAAUACACAUCAAAUUAUAUGGAACCAUUCUUCAGAUCGCUCGUAGAUAAUGAGCCUAAUCUCUACCGUGGUUUAGGGCAGUCCGCCUCUGUUCAAUGGGCAGUCGCUAAUCUAACCUGCCAGGAGGCACGUCUCAACAGCUCAGGGUAUGCUUGUGUGAGCGUCAAUAGCAUUUGCUUGGGCGUCAGCUCCACGAAUGAGUACAGAAAUGUAUACAUUGGUUAUCGUUGUAUGUGCAAGGACGGAUUUCAAGGAAACCCAUAUAUUCCAAGUGGUUGUGAAGAUAUUGAUGAGUGUGAGACUCCUGGUAUUUGUAAAGGGGUUUGUCAUAAUACUAUUGGAAGCCACAAUUGCACCGCAUGUCCUAGAAAAACAGAAUAUGACUUCCUAGCAAUGAAGUGCACUUCAACAAAGAGGCAGAGUCUUUUACUUGGUAUUGUCAUUGGGCUAAGCGUUGGUUUUGGCAUUCUACUUCUCAUCAUAAUUGCAAUAUUUCUUAUCCGAAGGUGGAAAUUAGAUAUCAAAAAGCAAUUGCGAAGAAAGUAUUUCAAAAAGAACCAGGGUCUUCUUCUAGAACAAUUGAUUUCUUCUGAUGAAAAUGCGAGCGACAAAACAAAGAUUUUCUCCUUGGCAGAGCUACAAAAGGCAACAAAUAACUUUGACCACACGCGUAUCGUUGGUCGUGGAGGGCAUGGCAUGGUAUACAAAGGCAUCCUAUCUGACCAACGAGUAGUGGCCAUUAAAAAGUCUAAAGUCACUGCACAAAUUGAGAUUAGUCAGUUCAUCAACGAGGUUGCUAUCCUCUCACAGAUAAACCAGCGAAAUAUUGUGAAGCUCUUUGGAUGUUGCCUUGAGACUGAGGUUCCACUACUUGUGUAUGACUUCAUACCUAAUGGUUCAUUAUUUGGUGUUCUUCAUAAUCCAAACAACAACUCUUCCUUGUCGUGGGAUGAUUGCUUAAGAAUUGCAAUAGAAGCAGCUGGAGCCCUUUCUUACCUUCAUUCAGCUGCUUCUGUAUCAAUCUUUCAUCGUGAUGUGAAGUCGACAAAUAUACUCCUGGAUGGGAAUUAUACAACAAAGGUGUCAGACUUUGGUGCUUCGAGGUUGGUUCCUAUUGAUCAGACCCAUGUUAUGACGAAUAUACAAGGUACAUUUGGGUACUUAGAUCCAGAAUAUUAUCACACUGGCAUUUUAAAUGAGAAGAGUGAUGUGUACAGUUUUGGUACGGUACUUGUGGAGUUGCUCCUUCGAAAGGAGCCUAUUUUUACCACUGACUCUGGGCUAAAGCAAAACUUAUCCAAUUACUUCCUUUGGGAGAUAAGGGAGAAACCACUUGCUGAAAUUGUAGCUGCUCAGGUUCUCAAGGAAGCAACCAAGGAAGAGAUUAGUGGUGUAGCCUGUGUCGCGGAGAUUUGUUUGCGUCUUCGAGGUGAAGAAAGACCUACUAUGAAACAAGUCGAGAUGAAAUUGCAGCAUCUGCGAUUGGAGAGGUUGAGAAUGUGCGAGCUUGCUGCAAAAGACGAAGACAUUCAACCUCUGUCGACCGUACAAAGCCAAGUUGGUCAUCGGUCUUUAGCUACUGCAGCUCGUAAGGUGGGAAGCUCAAAUUCAUCUUCCGAGAGAAGCCAAAACUGUUAUAGCUUGGAGCAAGAAUUUAUGUCAUCAGCGACUCUACCACGCUAG